AUGGCCCAGCCCCCGUGCCCGCCGCUCUCCGAGUCCUGGAUCCUGUCCGCGGAAUGGGGCCCAGCUCGGCCGCUGCCGCCCUCCAACAGGGACUGCAGCUGCUCUCCUGCCUCAUCCCCGGACUCGUGGGGCAGCGCCCCGGCCUGCAGCCCUGUGCCGAGCCCCGCGCGGCCCUGCGCCCACCCGGACCCCCGCGCCCCUACCGCGGGGAGGCGCAGCGCCCGCAGCAGCCGCCUGGGCAGCGGGCAGCGGCAGAGCGCCAGCGAGCGCGAGAAGCUGCGCAUGCGCACGCUCGCCCGCGCGCUGCACGAGCUGCGCCGCUUUCUGCCGCCGUCCGUGGCGCCCGCCGGCCAGAGCCUGACCAAGAUCGAGACGCUGCGCCUGGCCAUCCGCUACAUCGGCCACCUGUCGGCCGUGCUGGGCCUCAGCGAGGAGAGCCUGCAGCGCCGGCGCCAGCGGCACAGCGACGCGGCAUCCCUUCAGGGCUGCCCUCUUUGCCCCGACGGCGGCCCCGCGCAGGCGCAGAUGCAGGCGCGCGGCCCGGGGCUGGGCUCUGCUGCCCGCGCCGGGGCGUCGUGGGGGUCUGCUCCCGAGAAGCGCGACCAGUCGGUGCUCUACGCCCAGGCGGUGUGCCCGGAAGGCCAGUUCGUGGAGCCGAGCCCCUCGUCCCCGCAAUUUCCCGGCGACGUGCUGGCCCUGCUGGAGACAUGGAUGCCCCUCUCGCCCCUGGAGUGGCCGCCGGCCUGA